AGAAUGAUUACUUGAUUGAGGAAAUUAGUUGAAGUAGUUGAUCUGCAGUACCCAAUUCAAAGCUGCCUGUUUUUUGCUUGCAGCAAUCUCAAAGACUCGAAACUAUAAAUCCUUCCCAUUUCCAUGGCGUUUACCAUUACUCCAAACUGAUUGCAGUUUCAUUUAAAAAGUCAUGGAAGGUUUCAAGUUUCUCCAACUCAUUGCAAUAUUAUCAACCCUUUCAGUCAUUUCGGUUGAAGGCCAAAUUUCUACGGCCUGCACGGCCUCAAUGAUCUCGACCUUCACACCUUGCCUAAACUUCAUCACCGGAAGCAGCGGGAAUGGCUCAUCGUCACCAACUCAAGGCUGUUGCAGCUCGUUGAAGUCGAUUAUGAGCAGCAGCAUGGAUUGUGCUUGUCUUAUUUUUACUGCAAAUAUACCUCUUCAACUGCCCAUAAACAGAACCCUGGCACUUGGUCUCCCCCGAGCUUGUAACAUGGGUGGCGUACCAGUGCAGUGCAAAGCAACUGGCACUCCUUUACCAGCUCCAGGCCCUGUUCCCUUCCUACUUUCUCCAACUUUACCACCAACAGCCGCGUCACCCUUAAGCCCUGGAGCUUCCAAAGCUUUAGGAUCAGAAUCUGAUACUCCCUUGGACCUGGAACCUGCUUCGCCACCCGAAGAAAAUGAAGAACCAGAAGCUCCCUCGGCCAUGAUAAAUCCAGGGAUUCGACCAGUCAUACAGCCAUCGGCAUCGAGUCCGUCUUAUGUUUCCCCUCCGUUGUUACUCACACUAUUGAUUGGAGUUACAAUUUUCAAGUUCAAUUAAAGUCCAGGUUGUGUUCUACUAUAUUUGUUGUUUGAAAGUCACUUUCUCUGAUGGCAGUUCUAUUUAUAUGAGCUUAUUAGA